UCAAAGUUUUUGUUUUGAUCACGUGACUAGGAAGUCUGUUAUCUUAAAAUUGUUUUGAUCUAUUUUUUCUCCUAGUGAACUAGUUUCAGCUAGGGAUACAGCUUGAAAUGGAUUUUUGGGAAUGAACAGAAUUAUAUUCACCAUUUGCAAUGUCGGAACUUGAAAAUGCGGUAGAUAAAAACGAAGUGAAACUGGUACGGCAGUUAGCGAAAGAUGCACAGUGUACGCCUGAAAUUUUGCAAAAUACCUUGAUAUCGGCGGCGGCGAAAGGUCGCGCGGACUGUGCGGCUGCGAUUCUUGAGGCGGGAGCAUCACCGGAUAUUCCGGGUCGUGACGGAGCAUAUGCAUUAACGUCUGCCGCUGCUAAUGGUCAUACAGUUGUUGUAGAGCUUUUGAUCCUGUGGGAUUGUGAUUUGAUGGUCCGAUAUGGAACGGAACAGUCCACGGCUUUACAUUUAGCUUCAGACAAUGGUUACCUCGAAUGUUGUCGUCUUCUUGUCAAAGCUGGCGCCGAUAUCAAUGCUAGAAAUGGUUUAGAUGAUACACCGCUAAUUUUAGCAUGUUGCAAUGGUUACACUAGUCUUGUUAAGUAUUUACUAGCUCAUCAAGCGGUUGUUAGACGCCGAGGAUAUCUGGACCGCACGGCAUUGCAUUGUGCAACAGAAAAUGGUCACUUGCAAAUAUGUAAAAUUCUUGUUGGUGCAAAGGCAGACUUCGAAGAGGACGAUUCUUUUGGGAACACGCCGUUGAUAUCAGCUGCGGAAAAAGGGUAUGUUGAACUUUUAAAGCUUUACCUUGCUACAGGAUGUGAAGUAAAUAAAACAAGUCACAGUGGCUGCACCGCUUUACAUUUUGCCGCUCAACAUGGCGACCUCGAAUGUUGUCGUCUGCUGUUGACGGCUGGGGCAGAAAUUGAUGCACAGGAAGUUCGUCGGUUUACCCCACUUAUGAUGGCUGCUAUGAAUGGACAUGUCAGUGUUAUUGAUUUACUUGUUGAAAAGAAAUGUAACGUCAAGAUGGCUGCAUACAACAAGCGGACAGCCCUCCAUUUGGCGGCCGAACGGGGCCAUUUACAAUGUUGUCGGCGGCUGCUUCAGGUCGGUUGCUUUAUUGAUGCUCAAGACUCGAUGGGUAAUACUCCUAUUUUCGUAGCUGCAUCAAAAGGUCAUACUCCGCUUGUAUCAUUUUUCAUCGACCAGAGAGCUGAUUUGGAUAAAGAACCAAAUAACCAGAAUUCGUUGAUCCAUUGCGCAGCCGCAAGCGGAAGUGUUGCAUGUUGCCAAGAGCUAGUUCGCCGUGGGUUUGACAUUGAGAAAAAGAAUAGAGAUGGGCUCACACCGCUUAUUAGUGCAAUAAAAAGCAAACACAGAAAGACCUCAUUGUAUCUUUUAGAGUGUAAAUCCAACGUGAAUAGCCGCGGUUUGCAUGGGAUGACUGCGCUAAAUGAAGCAGUUUUCAAUAAUUCCCCUCAUCUUGUUCAAAUUCUUUUAGAACAUGGUGCUAAUCCGGACAUUGAAGACGACGGGGGAACAUUACCUCUUUGGUUCGCUGUGGAUUCGGGAAAUAUUGAGGUUAUUAAACUUUUAACGAAUGCUGGUUGCCGGUUUGACGUGAAAUCAACACUAAGCGACUCUUGCAGACCAUGUAACGCGCUUGAGCAUGCGGUUCACAAACAGAAGACACAGAUAAUUAAAUAUUUAGUAGGGGUUUAUUGUGAGACUGCUUUAAAUUGUCUUUUCAUGAUGAAACCAAAUAUGGAAUGUAUUCAACAAUUGCAAGCGACCACAAAGUCUUGCCUGGUAUCUCUAAUCGAGGAACCAACUCCAUUGAAGUCUCUGUGUAGAAAAACUGUUAGAAAAAGCCUUGGACCAAAAUGCAGAAGAAUUGAAGACAUUAGUUCAAUACAAAUUCCAAAACCAAUAGCAAAUUAUUUGAUGUACGAUGACAUGGAGUUUGAGUAGGUUGCAUGCACAGAUAUUCUGGUAAAAUUAAAGGUUUUAGUUCCAACAUAAUGGCAUUAUGGUUUACAAACAAUCUCAGUAUCAUUCAAAUACACAUUUCUGUUAACUCAAAAUAAUUAAUGAAAUGAACAAUUUUAAUACGAAAAUGUUUUUGAA